GUAUUGAGCAGAUGAAAUACCGGAUAACAGAAUCUCCCUCUUCGAAGGUGCUAUCAUGGAGGUCUCCGGCCACUUCUCAGGCGUUUCUUCCCGCCAUUUCCCGGCUUCUUCCUCACUCCAAAUCCCAAAAUUUCCUCUCCGCAGCUCACUAUUCCCCAGGAGGUCCUGCUCGCCGCAAUCACUCUCGUUCUCCGCCGGAAACUCAUUUGCGAGAGAGGUGUGGGGAGUGAUAAAUUCCAGAAGCUGCGCUGUUCAGAGUAGGGAAAUGCGCGGCGUUGUGAGAGCGGAGAUGUUUGGGCAGCUCACGAGCGGCUUAGAAUCCGCUUGGAACAAGCUCAAGGGAGAAGAGGUCUUAACCAAGGAAAAUAUUGUGGAACCAAUGAGAGACAUUAGGAGAGCUCUUCUGGAAGCAGAUGUCAGUCUUCCUGUUGUAAGAAGAUUUAUUCAGGAUGUUAGCGACCAAGCUGUUGGUACUGCAUUGAUCCGUGGAGUAAGACCAGAUCAGCAAUUAGUGAAGAUAGUUAGUGAUGAGCUAGUAAAACUAAUGGGAGGAGAAGUUUCGGAGCUGGUCUUUUCAAAAACUAAACCAAGUGUCAUAUUGUUGGCCGGGUUGCAAGGAGUUGGAAAGACUACUGUCAGCGCAAAACUAGCGUUGUAUCUGAAAAAGCUGGGGAAGAGUUGCAUGCUAAUUGCUGGGGAUGUUUACAGACCUGCUGCUAUCGACCAGCUGGUUAUUCUGGGCGAACGGGUCGGAGUUCCAGUUUAUGCUGCUGGAACAGACGUUAAACCUGCAGAAAUAGCAAGGCAAGGUUUGGCAGAGGCCAGGAAGAAGAAUGUAGAUGUAGUUAUAAUGGAUACUGCUGGAAGACUUCAGAUAGAUACAGCUAUGAUGGGUGAACUGAAAGAUGUAAAAAAAGUACUAAAUCCCACUGAGGUUUUGCUUGUUGUGGAUGCAAUGACUGGGCAAGAGGCUGCUGCAUUGGUUACAACGUUCAAUGUUGAAAUCGGAAUUACUGGUGCCAUUUUGACAAAGCUAGAUGGAGACUCUAGAGGCGGAGCAGCCUUGAGUGUAAAAGAGGUAUCGGGGAAGCCAAUCAAGCUCGUAGGAAGGGGGGAGCGUAUGGAAGACCUUGAACCUUUCUAUCCAGAUCGCAUGGCAGGACGUAUCUUAGGAAUGGGUGAUGUUUUAUCUUUUGUGGAGAAAGCCAAAGAAGUUAUGCAACAAGAAGAGGCGGAAGACUUGCAGAAGAAGAUAAUGAGUGCAAAAUUUGAUUUCAACGACUUCCUGAAGCAAACUCGUGCAGUCGCACAGAUGGGCUCAAUGUCUCGUGUUAUUGGAAUGAUUCCAGGCAUGGGAAAGGUUAGUCCUGCACAAAUUCGAGAGGCAGAGAAGAAUGUGCAAUUAAUGGAGUCUAUGAUUGAAGUAAUGACCCCAGAGGAAAGGGAAAAACCAGAACUAUUGGCAGAAUCGCCUGAAAGGAGGAAGCGAAUCGCUCGAGAAUCUGGGAAAACAGAGCAACAGGUGAGUCAACUUAUUGCUCAAAUUUUCCAAAUGCGCGCACGAAUGAAGAAGUUGAUGGGUAUUAUGGAAGGUGGGUCACUUCCUACAAUGAGCAAUCUUGAAGAGGCCAUGAGGGAAGAAGAACAGAAGGCUCCCCCUGGUACCGGAAGGCGAAAGAAAAAAGCAGAAUCAAGGAAGCAAUUUGCAGACUCGGGUGCACGGCCUAGUCCUCGCGGUUUUGGGGCUAAGAACUAAACAACUCUUCGUUUUAAAUUCAAUCAUUCAUCCACAAAGUCCGCUACCAGCCUACUAUUAGUCGAAAAUUCUGCUUUCAUUAAUGAAUUUUAUAUGCAUGAAAGUAGGUAGGAUCAUUGCAAAUUUGGGAUAGAUUGACUUGUGUAAACUAGUAACUUUUACUAAUACUUAUAAUAUAAAUCUGGGGUAGCUUAA